AUGUUUUCUGCCGAGGAACUUACGAACUAUUUUGAUAACUUACCAAGAGAUCUAACCAUUAUUAUUGGAUCUAAAACCUACAAAGCAAAUAAGCAAGUAAUGUGCAUUUUUUCAGGAAUAAUUCAAGAAAAAUUGCAAAAUUCAGCUGAUAAUGAAAUCAAACUCGAAAUUGAAGAUCCAAAGGAGAUGAUCCCAUUAGUUAUUUCAUUUUUGCACGGUCAUCAAAUCAAUAUUUCAUAUGAAAAUGAUUUUUAUUUGAACAAAAUAAGCGAUGAACUAAAAAUCUCAUCGCUUAAAGAAGCUGUUCAGGAAUCACUAAAUGAACCUAUUACAAUAUCUAAUAUCAUUUCACGUUUAGAACAAAACACUUCCCAAGUAUUAGAAAAUGAAAAUAGCGAACUACUUAAAUUCUUGGUAGAAAAUAUCGAAGAAAUACAGAAGGAUGAUAGUUUAUUCCUUUCUGAUCCUAGAAUAUUACUAAAAGCUUUAGAAAAAUCAAAAUUUGAAAAUGAUGAUUCGAAAAACAUUUUCAAACUCAAAUGUGCUUCAAGGCAUAUCGAUAAUUUUGAUGAUUUCCUGUCUCUCGAUGAUUUCCAGCACAUGUCUAUUGAUGUAAUCUGUGAAUUCGUGACUAAUCCAUAUUACAGUACAUUAGAUCAGAAAAUGCCUUCAAUACUCAUAGCAUCACGUAUUGUCUCCGCAAUCACAUCAUUAAAUACCGAUAUAAACGAAAUUAAUGAAAAAAUACAAAAUUAUAAUUCCGAAAUUAAAGAAUUACAAGAAGAACAUGAUAGAGUUAUGGUCGAAAAAUGCCAAUCCGAUGAAAAAUACUUGAAAGUUGCAGAACAAUUCAAACAAUUUAAAUUACAAAUGAUUUCAACCUCAGAAAGGAUUGAAUCUCAUGCCAAUUCACUAAACUCUUUCAAGAUUUCCGAAAAAACAGUGAAUGAAAUUGGUUCUAAGCUUAAUUUCUUAAAAGUUACUUGUGAAAGGCUCCAAUUCUUCUCUGAGAGACUUUCUAGAGCUGUCAUAUUAUACCCUGAGACAACAAAGAAUGUCAAUCAGGUUUAUAACGAUUGGAAAGGAAGUAUUGCGCCAUUACAGCAGGAAAUCGCUAAUUUAGAAUCAAAUGAAAAAGAUAUUGAUAGCAUAGCUGCAGAUUUCCAUAAAUUGGUUGAAGCAAUUCGAAAACUUUCCAAUAUAUAA